AUGGUCGCAUCUCUACCUUUUAAGCUUGUCAACGACAGCAGUUCGGACAAUGUCUGGGCCUAUAUCACAGGCAUCAACAUUGCUGAUGGAAGACGUGUACUGUUACAAGCAGAUGGCAAGACUCUCUACUUUCCAGAGAAUCCGCCUGCAAUUGGAUCACCACUAGCUGAAGAUUGCGCCAUUCCACUCGGAAAGCCAGGAAACACCGUCACCGCUACGGUGCCUCAGAUUGCUGGUGGCCGUGUAUGGUUCUCGAUACACAACAAGCUAAACUUCCUGUUGAACCCUGGACCAGCUCUUGUCGAACCCUCUGUACUCAACCCUAGCGAUCCGAAUGCAAAGGUGAACUUCGGCUUCUGCGAGUUCACUCUGAAUGACGCUCAGCUGUACGCGAAUAUCAGCUACGUCGACUUUGUGUCCAACGCCCCGAUUGCCAUCACUUUGGAGAACUCGGCUGGCGCGGUACAGCAUGUAUCAGGCAUGGCUGAAAAUGGUCUUGAAGGAGUGUGCGCCGAUAUGAGGGCUCAGACACAAAAAGAUGGAAAACCAUGGGACAAACUGAUCGUUCAGGAAAACGGAAAAGACUUCCGCGUUCUCAAUCCUUCUCAUGGUGAUGCUGUCGGAGCCAACUUUGCAGGAUAUUACGAGCCCUAUGUCGACGAAGUCUGGAACUACUACAGCACUGAUUCUAGAACGUUCACGCUCAACACUCAGGCAGGUCCUGGUGUCCUUGAUGGCAAGGUCUCGAACAACCAAUUACUUAUUGGCCAGGAAGCUUUUGGAAAGCCGAACACAGCAGACAUCUUUGGAUGUAAUAGUGGUCCCUUUACCACUGGACCAAACCCAACUCGCAACGCCAUUAUCCCUCGUCUUGCUGCUGGCUUCGUGCGUACUACUCUGGUCUCUCAGACUCAACAACCAUCGAACCCCUCCACCUAUUACCAGACUGAUCCCACUGACCACUACUGUCGUAUCGUGCACGAACACAAUCUCGACAAGAAAGGCUAUGGAUUUGCGUACGACGACGUGCAGCCGGACGGAGGCGUAGAUCAGUCGGGCAAAGUCAACGAUGGUUCACCUGCUCUNUUCACGAUUGCUGUAGGGGGCAGACAUGCUUACGCUGGAGAUGCACCUCCCGCUUCAGCUAACAAGGUCGCAGAAGAACAGGCCGAGCCUGCACCUGUGGCCGAAUCUGCUCCUGCUCCUGCUCCUCAAGAGAAUGGACAGCAACAGCCAAUGCAAGAGAGUCGUCCAUCGAUCCCACAGCGUAAGAGCAGUGGACUUCGUGGCAAGCUUAGUGGCUGGAAGAAGAAGUUCUUACAGUAG